AUGCCCAGCAUUCCAGAGAGGAGAUUGACGUUGGAGAUUGACGUUGAGAUAGAAGCUGAGUCCUUUGAGGUCUACGACGAGGAUGCAGCAAUCCGGCUCGGCCACGGCGGUGGUGCGACGGUCUGGAUGGCUCAUGAUCUCGAGGAGAAACGGGACGUCGCUAUCAAGGUGAUGAAGACAGGGAGCUGGGGAGAGAACGAAAUCCGCAUGCAGACGCAAGUGCUAAAGGAUGUCCAAGACGACGCCCGACUUGUGACAUGCUUGACCACCUUCUUCCUUUCCGGGUCCCACGGUCAGCAUCAGGUUCUGGUAUUUCCUCUGGUGGGACCAUCUAUUCAGUCAUUUGUUCUUAUGGACCGGAUUCCCAUGAAGUCUCGCAUGUCCGCUGCUGGACAACUGCUGGAAGCCCUGGAAAGUUUACACGAUGCAGGAAUUGUACACCGCGACGUCAGUCCAGGGAAUUGCAUGUGGGGAGUAGCUUCUCUGAACAACCUAACUCGGAGCGCCAAAUACCAGGCACUCGGCCGCCCAUUGAAGCUGGGAAUACCAUGGGUCAACCUUUGGAAAAGAGGCGACCUCGUCAGGCCGGCUAAAUUCCCUGAACAAUUACGCACGGAGGACUUUUUCCUCGGCGACUUCGGGCUAGCGAAGAGACUGAGUGACCCCGAAACCGAGCGCGGCCAGCCUCCAGACCAACUCUGCUCCCCGGAGCGGCUUCACCAGAAAGACCCAAGCCCCGCUUGCGACAUAUGGAGCUAUAUGGUCAUCUUCGCCAUGCUCUAUCAGGAGAUUGAGCCUUUCAGUGCUGCCCAUGAAGGUGGCGUGCUAGCUGCAAUGGUUCGAUCCCUUGGGGCCUUCCCUGAGGAGUGGAAAGGCUCUUGCAAAUACCGCGAAUGCCCUGGUUCAUGGUAUGACCACACCCUACAGCCAGAACAGCCCUGUGAGCUGGAAUCAGAGCUUGUGCGCUUGCGUCCUGAUGCUGAUCCCAGCGAGAGAGAAAACGUGCACAAGCUCAUGCAUAAAGUAUUCAUCAUUCGCCCGGAGAAACGCCCGACCGCGACAGAACUUCUUCGAGACCCGGACUUCAGAGCGAUCAUGGAUAGAUAUGAUAGCUGA